AUGGUGUCGUACAAAGAGACGGUGAGUCGCGAUGGCCGCAAACGUGCACCGCGGCUGCUCUUUGGUGUGAAUCUUAUCAAGCCGUUCCCGUGGAUUCGUGUGCUUGUUGGGAUGGGCGCCAUGGCUGCGUUGUUAAGACAAUAUUACGUGGCUCAGCACUACGUCCCACCGCAGGAACAAUUCCUGCGUAAAGUCAUCAUCGCCCCUUACGGUGUACUUGGCACUCAAAUGACACUGCAGGGAGGUGUUAAACGUGUGGCCUCCGAGCCGGAUGAGAAUACCGUGAUUGUGGACACCGCCGAUUUAAAACACAUCUUCACAACCACAGAAGGCGCCAAAGGGGCUUCCGGGGCUAUUUACAAUUGGCUUGGACUGCAAGGACAGUUUCCAGAUGAUGUGGUGCGUGCCAUCUCUCGUGUGUGUGAUGCCAAGUGGUUUAAAUAUGCAGAAGAUAAGAAUGUCAUUCAUGUGAUUGGACCCGACUUCCGUGAGGGUGUGUGGUCAGAGCGGGAAGCCGCAUUGGAACUCUCUCGUGCCUAUCGCAAUACUUUACAUGAGUUUGUGGUGAGUGAAGGGGAUGUGUUGCGAUUGGCACCUAUUUCGAAUGGAACAACGGCUGGGCCUUUAUAUAAUCAACUCCCACCCAUCACACAAUCGGCUCUUACAAUGGCGUUUGAGCAAUUGCAUGUGUUUGAUCGGGAGUAUUUACUGCGGCGGGAUAAACAUGUAGAAUUGUGUGUGUUUAUGAACAGGGAAUGGGACAUGUACCAGAGUGUCUUUAAGAAUCGCGGAAAGGUGGUAAAGUUGUAG